CGGGGACUACAAGGCCCAGGAGGCGGCUGCAGCGUCGACAAAGGCCCCGCUGAUGACGCAAGGCCGGGGGCGGGGCCGAGAGGAGGCUGGGAUGCUCCGCGGUUGCCUAGGAGACGCAUCCUCGGCCACCGCCGCUUGGUCCUCCUCUGCAUCCUUGGCUUUGGGCCGAAGAGGAGCCUCCAGAGGCAGGCAGGGGCCAUGGCUGCAGAGCCCCCCUGCGCCAUGAAGGACCCCUCUGCCCAGCGGUGCCCUUGCGCCAACCCAGGGAACCCGGUCUUCUCCUGCAUGCUGGACCCAAAGGCGCUGCCCUCUGCCCUGCCAGGCAAAAGAGGCCGCCCUCUGGCCCAGGCCCAGCUCCUGAUCUACCGCACCACCUCCAGCGACUACGGCCAGCUGCCCCCGGAGCCCCAGGCGGCGCCCUGCCGGUUCUGCCCCCGGGAGAACACCUUCACCAACCACCUUCUGGCCUGCGGACGGACGCCCAGCGGUGGCAUCAAUACCGGCAUCGACAGGGGAAGGGUCAUCGACCACAAGGACCUGGUCAACACUCUGUAGGGCAGCCUUCCCCCACUAAGCCAAUAAAAGCACCAUUUGUG